UCUGAAGCUGACACGAAGAUUCACAUCAGCUUGAUAAUAAGAGAUCUAUGUUUCUCUGACCGUAUAUAAGUCGGGGGUACCUAGGAAAGCUCAGUGAAGCUUGCUUUCUUGCUUAAGUGCUUACUCUUACUUGUAGCUCAAGAAAUCCAAUCGAGCGAAAUCAUGAAGUGUUUUGUAAUAUUAGUAAUAUUCGCCUUUGCGCAGUAUCAAGGAACAACAGGUCUUCCCUGUGAAAAACACAACGUAUUGCAUCGCGUAACACUUAAUCCAAGAGAUGCAUACACAGAGGUAAUUGGUGAAAUUAACAAAUACGAAAAAUCCAAUCUUCCACUAUACCGUGUACUCUCACAAGUAAUAGAGGAUACUUCACUCUACACAGCACACGAACCAAAAGUCACAGCGUCGCUUUUCAAACUAAUACAGAAUAACUUUAAAAAGAUGAUCGACAAAAUAGAGAGUAUUAUUACAAAGUAUGGAUUUAAGAAAGAUCCAUCGAUAUCUGAGACCAUCGCACCAGUCGUUGAAACGCAAACUGAGAACAUCGCAUCAACCGUUAAAACGCAAGUUCCAACGAUAAAUGUAACUCCAACAGCUUCUACAGUGGGCACAUCGACAGUCCCUCAACACUCUACGACUUCAGAGAAAGAGCAUUCAGAGUGAACACCACUCAGUGCCAGAUUCACCUAUAAGUAUGGCCCCCCUCAAAAUUGUUUCAUAGGUCCCUCUCAAAUAGGUCCAUAAAGAAACGAAGUUUGAAAAUAACAAGGAUUUGUUAACAUCUGAGAGUACUGCAUCAAACUACUCAACGGAAGAGAACGCAACUCGAAAACCUACGCCAAAUGAAACACAUCUUAAACCUGUGAUAUCUCAACACGUCAAAACAGCCCUGCAGACGACACUUCUGCGUUGGAUGCCGACACUUCCAACGCUUCUAUGAAUCUACAAAUUUAUUUACGCCAAUACUCCUCCAUACGAUAAAAAGACUAUUGAGGUAACAUUGAUUAACAAUAAAUAAAACGAUCAGACGAAAGAAACAUCAGCCUGAAACACCAGUCGAAAAUAAAAGAAUGCCAACAGUCUCGUUUCACUUAAUCGUAACAAAGUUGCUCGAAAAUAAUAAGAGUGAAAAAAGUACGGCUUGUCUAAACAAGAAAAAAUAAGACACAGAAACACGGAAUCUUUGAUCUUGCAUCAGUAAAUUAUCAUUAAUAAAUCCGUUUAUAAGAAAAUUAUAAGAAAAUGUACUGACUCUUUAUAUAUUUUCAUAAUCAAGUGUUUAAAUUUUUUAUUCAAUCAACUUCUCUUUUUGAGUAACUUCUAAUUUUAAAUAGUUGCUGUAAAAAUCAUAUUUCAAAAACUCUUCUUAUAUCUGAAAAAGAAACAUUACGCAG